AUGAAGGAUAUUUGGGAAGAAUCGGAUUUAAUGGGAAUGGGACAGUGGGAUGUAAGUAUCCAGAUGUGUGGAGAAAAGCUUAGAGAGUGGGAUGCGAAAGUGUAUAAGAAGGUUCCUAGGAGGACAAAUUGGCUUAAGAGGAGACUUGAAAGAUUAACAAAUAUGCGCUUAUCUAGAGGAUUGGUGGAGGAGAUCCGUGAAGUUGAGGAGGAACUUCGAGUAUUACGACGUAGCCAAGAAACAGCAGCAUGGCAACGUUGUCGGCCUUUUGUGUUACGUGAUGGAGAUAGGAAUACCGCCUAUUUUCAUAACAAAGCAACCGAAAGAAAGAAGCGAAAUAGGAUCACUCGAAUGGUAGAUAAAGAUGGGGUAAUGAAGGAGGAAAAGGAGGAGAUUGCAGAGAUCGUAGUUGAUUAUUUUAACGAGCUCUCCACUACGUCCCGUCCGCAAAUUAAUAUUGACGAUCUUGGAAUGAUAAAUAAGUGUGUCACGGAGGAGAUGAACACUGAACUAGACAACAUGUUUAUGAUGGAGGAAGUGAAAGCUGGUCUAAAGGAGAUGCACCCAUGUAAGUCCCCUGGUCCCGAUGGUCUUCCCGCCCUUUUCUACAAGAGGUAUUGGGAUCUCAUUGGUGCUAAGAUUACUACUGUUGUUCUGAAUUUUCUGAAUGGUGGACAAAUGCCUGAACAGCUAAAUUAUUCUCAUGUAGUGUUGAUACCUAAGAAGAAAGACCCAACAAACAUGAAAGAUUUGAGACCCAUAAGCCUUUAUGAUAGCAUUGUUUUUGUCCGUGCAAAUGACCGAGAAGCAACUGUAAAUGCAGAUAUCUUGAGAAGGUAUGAAGGUCUAUCGGGGAAAAAAGUCAACUUAGACAAAUGUGAAACAUCAUUUAGCAAUAAUCUAGAGAGUAAUAUACGGGAAUCAACCAAGUCGAUAUUAGUAAUGCGGGAAGUGGAGUGGCAUGAUAGAUACCUUGGGCUACCUACUCUCCUAGGGAGAUCGAAGAAGGUGAGUUUUGCAAGCAUAAAGGAUCGUAUUUGGAAGAAGUUACAAGGGUGGAAGGAAAAACUUUUGUCGAGAGAUGGAAAAGAAGUUUUAAUCAAGUCAGUCGCGCAAGCAAUCCCAAACUAUGCCAUGAGCUGCUUCAAGUUGCCGACAACCUUUUGCCAUGAAUUCGAGAGUAUCAUUAGGAAAUUAUGGUGGGGGAGUUCAGGUGGGAAGAAUGGUAUACAUUGGAAGAAUCGGGGCUUUAUGUGUCGCCCAAAAGUUGAGGGAGGGCUUGGGUUUCAUAACUUUGAAGCAUUCAAUGAAGCUCUCUUAGCUAAGCAAUUAUGGCGGUUAUACAGCCAGCCACAUUCUCUUCUGGCUCGGAUUUAUAAGGCUCGCUAUCAUCCCCAUGCGUGCCCGUGGGAGGUGGGUUUAGGUGCAGCACCUAGUUAUGCUUGGCGUAGUAUUAUGGGAGCUCGACAGCUACUGAUUCAGAGAGUGAGAUGGAGGAUUGGAAAUGGGAAGUGUAUUAAUAUAUGGCAGGACAGGUGGCUUGGUGGGGAAGGAUCAGGUCGUGUUAUCAACCCAACAAGGUUAUUGCAUGAGAAUGCUUGUGUAUCAACCUUAAUUGACGAGAAUAAUGGCUGCUGGAGGGAUGAUCUUAUUAAGGAGGUCUUUUUCGCCGUGGACUAUGAGCGGAUCAAAAGUAUUCACAUAAGCAGACGAUUGCCUGAAGAUAAACUCUGCUAG